AUGGAGUUUGAUAUGGCGCUCGAUUGGUUAUCGACCUUUGCCAACAUGGAAGUUAAGGACGAGAUCAUUGAUGACAACGAUGAACGAAAAGUGAUCCAGACUUUCCCUCCACUAGGAGUCUGUUGCGGCAUUGUCCCGUGGAACUGGCCUGUUCUGACGGGAAUCAGCAAACUAGGCCCGGCACUUAUAACCGGCAACACGAUCAUCAUUAAACCGUCGCCUUUUACGCCGUACUGCGAUCUAAAGCUCGGGGAGAUUGGCAUGCGAAUUUUUCCGCCGGGUGUCCUUCAAGUUCUCAGCGGAGGAGACGACCUAGGCCCAAUGCUUACCGAGCACACGGACAUCGAUAAGGUCAGCUUCACCGGUUCAAUUGCCACCGGGAAACUCGUAAUGCAGAGCUGCUCCAAGACACUGAAGCGCUUUACGUUGGAACUUGGCGGCAAUGACCCGGCAAUAGUCUGCGACGACGUCGAUAUUGACGUUGUUGUCCCAAAGAUCACCACCAUUGCAUUCCUGAACUCCGGUCAGAUUUGCAUGGUGAUAAAGCGGGUAUACGUCCACGAAAAGAUUUAUGACAAGUUUCGCGAGGCUAUGGUCGCGUUUGCGAAAACCAUCAAAGUCGGGGAUGGGUUUGAGCCGGAUGUCUUGGUGGGGCCAAUCCAGAACGCCAUGCAAUACGAAAGUGUCAAGGACAUGUAUUCUGAAGUCGGAAAACGCAAAUGGGGAGUAGCUCUGGAAGGAACGGCUAAGUGGCUCGAAAAGGAGUAA